CCGUCUCCUCCCCAAAACACCCCCGCUCUUUUUCUUCCCUCUCUGCCCCCAACGCUCCUCGCUAUUAUACUUUUUCUCUUCCCUUUCUAUCCAACAAACUAUUCUCCCUCUCUUCUUUACCAAGAAAACUAUUCUCUCUACUUCCUCCGUUUUUGGUCCUCUCCCUAUGGAGGACUCCGGCAACAAGAGAAGCCGGGAGGAGUCGGAGGAAUCUCCGGAGGCGAAACGGCUCCACGCCGAACUACUCUUCGACAUCCUCGACGACGACUCCGACGCCGGCGACCGGGAUCCAGCUACCCAAGACCUGGCCUCCGUGAUGAAGAUCUUCGAGGAGGAGAUCGCCCAACCGCCGCCUCCGCCGGCGCCUGCGGCGCCGGACGCGGUGGAUCCGGUCUUUCCGCCGGCCGAUUUUGAAAAUCUCGGCCAACCGGAUCUCGGUUACCUUCUCGAGGCCUCCGAUGACGAGCUUGGCCUCCCGCCGACGGUCCCGUCGUCGUCAGAUGAGGACGGGGACGCCAGGAAGGCGCAGCCCGCCGGUGGCGAGAUGGGGGCGGAGCCGGAGGCCCAUGGGUUUGGGCAGAUCUGGGCGUUCGACGAGGAGAUCACGGGGUGUUACGACGGGCUGGAGUUUGGGGUCCGGCAGCAGGAUGAGAGGGAGGCGUCGGCGGCGGCCGAGGAGGCUGUGGUUUUCGACGGCGGGCUGUUCGAUUUUCCGGACGUGCUCUGCGGGCCGUCCGAUUUGGCUGAUCUCUCGUGGCGGCCGGAAUCUUUGCCGGCCGUCUAACGGAACUUUCCGGUGGAUACCUUUUUAGCUUAACCUUAUUUUGUUUUCUCUUUUCGGACGGGAGUUUGUAUAUUUUAGAAAAAGUGGAACAGAAGGCCGUAGAUGAAAAAAAAGAAAAAAAAAAGUUCUGACGUCAAGAUGGGCUUCCCCUUCUAUUCUCAGUGAACCUGAGUUUUAGUAUGCUUCAUUGAUCGUUUGAUGGAGAUAAGCCAUUACACCUUUUUCCUUUCUC